UUCAAAACGGCGGUGAUUUUUGCUAUUGGCAAAUCAAAUGAUGAGAAUGUGAAUCGAUUGUUAUUCGAGGAAGCGCAGCAGCAUGGAGAUUUGCUACAACAAGAUUUCAUCGACCGGUACAGAAAUCUCACCCUGAAGGCGGCGAUGUGGAUCAGUUUUGUUGAUGCAUUUUGUCCGAGAGUAUCGUACAUCCUGAAAAUGGACGAUGAUGCAAUGAUCAAUUACUUUGCUCUUGUACAAAUGCUACAGGCACGAAGCAAUCUCACUUCUCAACUGGUAUUUAAACCCAAAACAUUGGCUUGCAUGGUAUCUUCGGACAGCGCUGUUGCACGUUGCGGCUCCAAAUGGUACAGUUUCCUGCAGUUCAUAGAUUUGUGCGAGUGA